GCAAUUUCCUCACUACGUGUCGGAAGAUCCAAUCGUCUUUGAUGUAUGAUCGAAGGUCGUUACGUGUUACACGAGCUCUGAAUAGCUCGUCUAUCCAACACAUGUUCCCUGUACUUUGGUGGAGUUAUCGAACUUAACAAGCCCAAUGGAGAACUUCUGUAAUGGCAGAAAAGCAUUUUGGACCGUGGUCGGUUUUUCUCAGUUUUUUGGACUUCUUGCACUCACUCUACUCGUAGUCUGGAACUGCGUUUAUAAUGGUGGCUUCGCAUGGGACGGAAGGUACAGAGAGUUUGCCAUCCAUCCGUUAUGUAUGUUGCUAUCUGUACUUCUGUUUGGAGAAGGUUCUUUGAUAUACCGAACAUGUGGUUGCUUCAAUCGACCAACUGUAAAAGCUCUACAUGCUGUAAUCAUGUUUCUUGCUGUGGCACUCGCCGUUUUCGGUUUGAUUACCAUUUUCUUAUUCCACUCAAGUAUGCACGACGGUAACAUGUACACAAUGCAUAGUUGGUUAGGCAUGGCAACCAUUGUUGGAGUAAUUAUACAGUUUCUUGCUGGUGGGAUCGUGUUCUUUAUACCAUGGAAAGCAAACUCAAUACGCAAAAUAUACACGCCUAUUCAUAAAUACGGUUCAUUUGCUUUGCUUGGUAUGCUGCAGUCGAGUGUUCUUACCGGUGUGUUAGAUGACAUAUUUCUUUGCAUGAGCAACAAAGAGUACGAGAAAUUGAACCCGCAUGCAGUCAUGUUUAACGUGGUCGGUCUUCUGUGUUUGGCAUUUGUGCUGUCAAUCAUGUACGUUAUAUUUCGUGUUGAUUGGAAACGAGGUGUAAAUGGGAAAAACUGUAAAACUAAAACUGAAUCUUUGCUACCUUCUACGUCAUUGCCUAAUGAAACCGAUCAACUUUUAGAAAAGCAAUCACUCAAAGAGUUAAACCCGUAACAUAUAGUUUUAUAAUAUCGUGUGUUUACCUCAAAUUCCCGAAACCUCUAAUAAUUAUUCAUUUUUUAGCACCAGAUAUGGUAUUUUUCAAAACAUAAAUUAAUGUUUAAAUUUAUAGACCCGUUACUUUUUUUCCCAAUUCGAAUGUAUUUGUUUUCAAUCUUAUAUACCGCUGCUACAACAAUGUAAACAAAUCAUCUAUCGUAUUCACGAGCGAUUUAAAUUGGCAAGAUAUAUGCCCAUGCUAAAAUAAACGGACAUUUGAUAUUUAAAUAUCAAAAUA